GUGUAUGUGGGUGUGUGUGUUCGUGUGUGUGUGUUGAUUGUUCGUGUUGUUCAAGUGUUGACGGACUGGGAGAGUUAACGGACGGACAGACCGUGUUGUGGAUCCCAGGAAGUUCUGUUGUGUUUCUCUGAGCGACUCGAUUCUGCUCCGCUUCGCUCCGGAACCGGACCUGCAGGAUGACCCAGCGGGGCCCGGCCGAGUUUACCCCACCGCCGGAGUGCCCGGUGUUCGAGCCCACUUGGGAGGAAUUUGCAGACCCGUUCGCGUUUAUCAAUAAAAUCCGACCCAUCGCCGAGAAAACCGGGAUCUGCAAGGUUCGACCGCCGCCGGACUGGCAACCGCCAUUUGCAUGCGACGUCGAGAGACUUCAUUUUACUCCUCGAAUCCAGAGACUCAACGAAUUAGAGGCUCAAACCAGAGUUAAACUCAACUUUUUGAACCAGAUUGCCAAGUUUUGGGAGCUACAAGGAUGCACGCUCAAAAUUCCACAAGUAGAGCGCAAGAUCCUAAAUCUGUAUCAGCUCAACAAAUUGGUUGCAGAUGAGGGGGGGUUUGAUGUUGUAUGUAGAGAGAGGAGAUGGACAAAGAUCGCCAUGACGAUGGGAUUUGCCCCAGGCAAAGCUGUGGGGUCUCACCUGAGAUCCCAUUACGAGAGGGUUCUGUACCCCUACAACCUCUUUCAGUCGGGGGCAAACCUGCUGGCUCCUGAUCUCGCCGACAAACUGAUGAGUUUUGCGGCACCUCCUGGGCUGGAGGAGUGUUUGCAGAAGCCAUCACUGGAUGAUGUAAAUGGUAAAGAUAAAGAGUACAAAUCCCAUGACCUGCUGCAGAGGCAAAACAUUUACAUGCAGCCCAGUGACAUGAACGUGCCUGCUAGAAGAGCCAAGAGGAUGAAAGCAGAGUCUGGCUGUGUGAAGUCAGAGGGAGGCGAGGGGUGUGAGAACAGGCCAAAUCUCAGAAGGAGGAUGGGCUCUUUCGUUGCCAAACCUGAACCAGAUGUCUUUGGGUCAGUCGUAGAGAGGGAGAUCCCCAUACAGGUGAAGCAGGAACCUGUGGAGGUAAAAGCACUGAACCCUGAACCAGAGAAAAGUAAAUCACGCUACAAGAAUAACACCCCCCCUCCUCUAGUCAGCACAGUGGACUUGUAUGUGUGUUUAGUGUGUGGCAAGGGGAACGACGAGGAUAGGUUGUUGCUAUGUGACGGUUGUGAUGACAGUUACCACACCUUCUGCUUGAUCCCGCCCCUCAGUGAUGUUCCCAAAGGUGAUUGGAGGUGCCCUAAGUGUCUGGCUCAGGAGUGCAGUAAACCUCAGGAGGCAUUUGGCUUCGAGCAAGCGUACAGGGACUAUUCUCUGAAAGCGUUUGGGGAAAUGGCUGACUCCUUCAAGUCAGACUAUUUCAACAUGCCUGUUCAUAUGGUGCCCACCGAGUUGGUAGAAAAAGAGUUUUGGCGGUUGGUUGGCACCAUCGAGGAGGAUGUGACAGUGGAAUAUGGCGCUGACAUUGCCUCGAAAGAAUUUGGAAGCGGAUUUCCAAUCAAGGGCGGAAACUUUAAGUUUGCACCGCAUGAUGAGAAAUACCUUAAUUGUGGGUGGAAUCUGAAUAAGAUGGCCAUGAUGAAACCAUCGGUGCUUACCCAUGUCACAGCAGAUAUCUGUGGCAUGACCCUGCCGUGGCUUUACGUGGGCAUGUGCUUCUCCUCUUUCUGCUGGCACAUUGAGGACCACUGGAGCUAUUCUAUCAACUACCUACACUGGGGAGAACCUAAGACCUGGUAUGGUGCUCCAGGUUUUGCCGCUGAGCAGUUGGAAGCAGUCAUGAAGAAACUGGCCCCAGAACUGUUUGAGUCUCAGCCAGACCUUCUACACCAGCUGGUCACUAUCAUGAACCCCAAUACACUCAUGGCUCAUGGAGUACCUAUUUACAGAACCAAUCAGUGUGCAGGAGAAUUUGUCAUCACAUUCCCACGAUCCUAUCACAGUGGCUUCAACCAGGGCUUCAACUUCGCAGAGGCUGUGAACUUUUGCACGGUGGACUGGAUGCCACUGGGGCGUCAAUGUGUGGAUCACUACCGUCUGCUGCACCGUUACUGUGUGUUCUCUCAUGAUGAGAUGGUGUGUAAUAUGGCCAUGAAGGCUGACAGCCUGGAUGUGGUUCUGGCAUCCGCUGUACAGAAGGACAUGCAGCUAAUGAUCAGAGAGGAGAAAGAGCUGCGGGACAGAGUCCGUAAAAUGGGUGUGGGCCAGUGUGAGCUGUUUGAGUAUGAUUUGCUGGCAGAUGAUGAGAGACAGUGUGUGAAGUGUCGCACCACCUGUUACCUGUCUGCUCUCACCUGCCCCUGUAGACCAGGAGUCCAGGUGUGUUUGCACCAUGCUCACAACCUCUGCUCCUGCCCAAUCUCCAACUACACACUCAAUUACCGUUUCACACUGGACGACCUUUACCCCAUGAUGAAUGCUGUGACGCAGAGGGCGGAGUCUUAUGACGAGUGGGCCUCAAGGGUGACUGAGGUUAUGGAGGCCAAGCUAGACAAGAAACGCAAUGUCACCGUGUUUCGCUCCCUUCUGGAGGAGUCAGAUGAGAAGUCAUUUCCAGAGAAUGAUCUGUUACGUCAGCUCAGGCUGGUCACUCAAGAUGCUGAGAAAUGCUCGUCUGUUGCCCAGCAACUGCUAAACGGCAAGAGGCAGACCAGGUACCGCACAGGUGGGGGAAAAUCUCUUAAUCAGCUCACUGUGGAGGAAAUGAGAUCAUUUGUCCGGCAGCUUUAUAACCUGCCCUGCAGUUUGACACAGGCUCCACUUCUAAAGGAGCUGCUGAAUAGCAUUGAAGAUUUCCAGCAGCACAGUGAGAAACUUCUCUCUGAUGAAGUGAGCACAGAUUCUGUUAGUGAGAUUGAGUCCUUGCUGGAGGAGGGCUCUAAGUUUGACGUGUUUCUUCCGGAGUUGCCGCAGUUACGGGAACGUUUAGAGCAGGCUAGGUGGCUGGCGGGAGUCCGGCAGGCGGAGGAUCCAAUAACAAACCCCUGCGGCCUCUCUCUGGACAACAUGCGCCAGCUGAUCGAUCGAGGGGUCGGACUGACACCGCAUCCCUCCAUCGAACGCACGAUGGCUCGCCUGCAGGAACUGCUAACGAUCUCAGAGGAGUUGGAGGAGAAAGCACAGGCACUGCUCAAGGCCAGACCUCCAGAGAGUUUGGAGACGAUCUGUUCCCAGCUGACUCAGGUGGAGGGUGUACCAGCAUACCUGCCGUACUGCCUUCUACUACAGGACACAGUAAACAGAGCUAAGGAAUGGCUUCAGGAAGCUGAUGAUCUACAGGUGGGAGGUCGGAUUCCGCUUUUCGGCUCGCUCUCUGAUAUGGUGCUGAGAGCUCAUGCUAUCCCCGUGCGACUGGAGCCUCUGGAGCAGCUGGAGGUCCUGGUCUCAGAGGUGCAGAGUUGGAAGGAGUUGGCCACAAAAACCCUCCUGAUCAAAAACUCCCCUUUCACUCUGUUGGAGGUGUUGUGUCCCCAGUGGGAAGUGGGCAGCUCUUUGAAGAAGAAGACGACGAGGAAGGUUAAAUGGGAGAGUGUGUCAUCAGGGAAGAAGCUUGUGAAGCUGGACAAUAUGAGUGAUGUAGAGAGAGCACUUUCAGACAGCAAAGACUCUGCAUCUGCUAUGUUUACACUGGCUGAAGUUCGUUUGAAGGAGUUGGAAUCGCUAUGCUCUCUUCGUGCAGCUAAUGAAUCAAAGCUCCUACCUGCAGCGGACUGCGGAGCUCUUAAAGUGUGUGUAUGUCAGAAGUCACCCAUGGGUGCCAUGCUGCAGUGUGAGCUGUGUCGAGAUGCUUUUCACAGCGUGUGUGUGCGUGACCCCAGUGAUCGUCGUGACAGAGAAGCUUGGCUUUGUCCGUCAUGUCUACGGUCGACGAAGCCCCCUCUAGACAAGAUCCUGUCCCUGCUGGCAUCCCUGCAGCGGAUUCGUGUGCGUCUUCCAGAAGGCGAUGCCCUACGUUACAUGAUCGAACGCACAGUCAGCUGGCAGCGACGAGCACGAGGGGUUAUAGACUCUUUUGAUCUCUCGCAGACCUCUCAGGAUUGUAGAGGAUCUUCACCUACACUGAGCCAUCGAACCACUGGACACAAUAGGAAGCAGCUGUCUUCAUCUCGGUGUCAGGACUGGAGUGUUUCCGGGCAGGAACAGUCUGUGUUUUACACAGAGCAGCGCUGCAUUCCCCUACAGGGUCUCAGUGCGGAUAUGGAAGAGUUGAUGGUGGAGGGUUUGCUUCUACAGGUUUCUCUCCCCGAGACUCAACAUCUAUACAGACUCCUGCUCUCCGGCCCCCCGACCAUAAACACUCCCCACAUAGAACUCCCACCCUACCUCACCCCGAAACACUCCUCACCACAGAGAGAGAGAGAUGCAAUCACUUCAGCAGAAAAGAAAGCAAAGCGACGAAUGAACAGGGAGGAUACGGAGAUCAGGGACAGAGGGAUAAAGCCGAAUAGCAAGAAGCAGAGGAUGAGCACAGAGAAGAGGAGAGAGAGGAAAGCAGCUUCAGUCUCUGCAUCGGACGUGUCCCAGUCCGAAGACUCAGAGGAAGAUAUGUCCCUCUGUCCAGCAGAAAGCUGUCUCCAGCCUGAGGGAGAAGAGGUAUACUGGGUUCAGUGUGACUGUUGUAACCGCUGGUUCCACAUGAUGUGUGUGGGUGUAUCAGCAGAACUCGCAGCUGAGGAGGAUUAUGUGUGCGUAACGUGCAGCACAACCAACGCAGGCCGUCGGAAGUGAGAUGGACAGACAAGACGGCAUCCAGUCUCCCACCCCUUCCUCCUCCAUCCCCUCUCCUGGCUGUGUAACUGACCCUUCCCUGUUCCCUAACCUAUGACCUCUGACCUUUGUUACAACGGUGCUAUUUUACUUUUUUUGUGGGACUUUACGUCCUGAAUGAUACUAUUUGGUCACUCUUUUGUAUUUGUACAGCUUUUUCCCUUCUGUUGAACUGUUUGUGAUUGUCUAAAACGAUGCUUAAUAUGCUAAAUGCUGAAUAAAUAUAGCAGUGCAUGGGUUUGUGUUGUUUUCUGGUGUGGAGGAGAGACACUCAUCCACAGCGAGGAUUGUCUCUUCUGCAUGCACAGCCGGAAACACAGCAACACUGGACAAACAAACAAACAAACAAACAGUUAUCACCAAAAACAAUAAAUGAUAGAUAAAUACAGAGAAAUUAUAUUUUGGAAACUUGCCGUUUCAGUACACAGGCAUAUGGGAUUCUCUUCCUUGUGUUGUUUUAUUGUAGAUGAGUUUUAUUUAUCUGAGCAAUAAUGUUGUUUGUACAUUUCAGGAGCUUUGCUGCGUUUUCAGUUGUGUUGGUGCUUUUAGAAAUGGUGGUCAGAUAUACAAGUGAUGUAACGGACAGACAGAUGUCAUAUUUGUAGCAGACAGAAGAGUGUAAUAAACUGCCACAAAACCUGCUCAAGCCGUUUUGAAGGGUUAGGGUGGGGUUGGGGGGAUUUGAGUUUGGGAUUUGACUAGCUUGUUAAAAAAAAAUGUCCCAAUUUAUAGUGUGGAAUAA